AUGUCUCUGGAAGAAUCUUUCGCCAAGUUGUGCGUAGAACCACAAUCUGAUGCCACUGUUGUCAAGGCGUUGGUUUUCAAGCCCAAAACGCCCAAGUCAGCUACACCUGUUCCCAUCGUUGUAGUUGCCUUGUUAUCAACUACCACUCCAUCUCCAUUGAUUGCAAGUGCGACAAGCACUAAAGACCCAAGAUUGGCCCGUGAUGACUUAUUUAAAGAUGUUUUCAAUUGUAGUACUGCCAAAGAAUUUCAUCUAGGACAUCUGGCACAAGCUAAUUCCGAAUUCAAACUAUUGGUUGAUGAUAAGCUAAGCAAGCUCGCUGGAUCAACUAUAUGCAACGUUAACCAGAAAUUUCUUCAACAAGAACAACUUUCUGACUACUUGGAACAGUUCUCUCCUGAGGUGGUUGACUUCUCUCAAGAGCUACCAAGUAAAGAAACUAAAAAGCCAGCUCCUGUUGCUGCUGCGAAAUCCGCUGCUCUUGAAGAUGCAAAAUUAAUCGGUAUUACAGUCGACAAGGCUCUUGAUUUCUCCGGUUGGUAUCAACAGAUCUUGACCAAGGGUGAGAUGCUUGAUUAUUACGAUGUUUCUGGUUGUUACAUUUUAAGACCCGCAUCUUACGCCAUUUGGGAGGUCAUUCAAAGAUGGUUCGAUGAUCGUAUUAAGUCCUUGGGUGUUCAGAAUGCCUACUUCCCAAUGUUUGUUUCUUCUCGUGUAUUGGAGAAAGAAAAGGAUCACAUUGAAGGUUUCGCUCCGGAGGUUGCUUGGGUCACUAGAGCCGGAUCUUCUGAACUAGAGGAGCCAAUUGCCAUUAGGCCAACUUCUGAAACAGUUAUGUAUCCUUACUAUGCCAAGUGGGUUCAAUCAUACAGAGAUUUGCCUAUCAAGCUCAACCAAUGGAAUUCCGUUGUCAGAUGGGAGUUCAAGCAUCCUCAACCUUUCCUCAGAACCAGGGAGUUCUUGUGGCAGGAGGGUCACACUGCCCACUUAGCAGAGGAAGACGCCAAGGAGGAAGUUCUUCAAAUUCUUGACUUCUACGCCGGUGUUUACGAAGAAUUAUUAGCUGUUCCAGUUGUAAAGGGUAGAAAAACCGAAAAGGAGAAGUUCGCUGGUGGUGACUUCACGACUACCUGUGAAGGUUAUAUUCCUCAGACUGGUCGUGGUAUUCAAGGUGCAACAUCUCAUCAUUUGGGUCAAAAUUUCUCUAAGAUGUUUAACAUCAGCGUGGAAAAUCCACAGGGUCCUGAAUUCCCCAAGGUUUUUGCCUACCAAAACUCUUGGGGUUUAAGUACCCGUGUUAUUGGUGUGAUGGUUAUGAUUCACUCUGAUAACAAGGGUCUCGUGAUUCCACCUAGAGUUUCUCAAUACCAAUGUGUCGUUUUACCAGUUGGUAUCACCGCUAAAACUUCCGACGAACAAAGGAUUGCCAUUCACCAAGCCGCCAAAAAGGUCGAAGAUAGAUUGCAUACAGCAAAAAUUAGAGUCUUUGGUGACUAUAAUGACAACUACACUCCUGGUUGGAAAUUUGCACAAUACGAAUUAAAGGGUGUUCCUUUGAGAAUAGAAUUAGGUCCUAAGGACAUGAGCAACGAGCAAGUCACCGUUGUCCGUAGAAAUGAUUCUCGUAAAUACACCGUCAAAUUAAACGAAUUGGAGACCCGUAUUCCAGAAAUUUUGGAAGAAAUGCAAAAGGACUUGUUUUUGAAGGCUAAGGAACUUUUUGACACUCAUAGAAAGAUUGUCAACGAAUGGAAAGAUUUUGUUCCUUCUUUGAAUAAGAAGAAUGUUAUUUUGUCUCCAUGGUGUGGUGUCAUGGAAUGUGAAGAGGAUAUCAAGGAUUCCUCAGCUAAGAAGGAUAAUGGUGAAGAAUUUGAAGCAGACGACAAGUCUCCAAGUAUGGGUGCCAAAUCUUUGUGCAUCCCAUUUGAGCAACCAGAAUUGAAGGAAGGUCAAAAGUGUGUAAAGUGUGACCGUCCAGCCAUUCAAUAUUGUAUGUUUGGUCGUUCAUACUAG